UUCCACUCCACGUUUUGCGUGCCGCCUCGCCGUGCCAGCGCAGGAGAUCUAAACCCGGAGCGCUCCGCGCCGCACGGCAUUUCCACUUGGACGCGGAGACCGGGGGGCGUCGUCUGCGCAGCGAACUUGCGUCCGCACGCCGGAUUCAUGAGGCACCUCCGCGCUCGCGCUCCUCGUUCCUGCGGCGCCGGGGGACUCCCAGCUAUUCUCGGUGGCAGCAGAACUCGCCGUUGCUUUUGGGAAAUGUGUUGGUAGACGUUAAUAGUUUACUUGGCACCGUUAAACGCCCGGUCAUUAAGUGCGGCUACCUGCGGAUCUACUGCAGGGGACUUUCACCAGCCUGAAACCAGGAGGAUUUCCACAGAAGUGAACAAUGAUCACGCUAGGGCUCCUCUGCACUUUUUCCGUGCUGUCUAUCGCAGCGAGGGCCGAUUUUAAAGCUCGGAACUGCAGCGAGGUGAGGGAGGCUUGUGUCGGGAAGGGCUUCGGCUUCGCACAUGUUCCUCUCCAGGAGAUCCCAGGUGAACAUCUCCGAGUAUGUCCUCAGGGAAACACAUGUUGCACCCAGGAGAUGGAGGACAAAUUUGGCCAACGGAGCAAACAAGACUUUGAAAAUCUUAUUGAUGAAAUGAGUCACGAGUUGAGAAGCACCUUCACCUCCAGGCAUCAACGGUUUGAUGAAUUCUUCCUGGAGCUGCUGGACAACACAGAGCGGUCCCUGAAUGAGAUGUUCGUGAGGACUUACGGCAAGCCUUACAUGCAGAACUCGGAGGUUUUUGAGAACCUAUUUGCUGAGCUCAAGCGCUAUUACACUGGAGGGAACGUUAACCUGGAGGAAAUGCUUAAUGACUUCUGGUCGCGGCUGCUGGAGCGUAUGUUCACACUGCUCAACUCCCAAUAUGUCAUCACUGAGGACUAUCUGGAGUGUAUCAGUAAGUACACCGACCAGCUCAAGCCCUUUGGAGACGUGCCCAGGAAGCUCAAGGCUCAGGUUACCCGGGCGUUCAUCGCUGCACGCACAUUUGUCCAGGGACUCUCUGUUGGCCGGGAGGUGGCCCAGAGAGUGUCUAAGGUCAGUAGUACUCCAGCAUGCAUCCGAGCGCUGACAAAACUCCUGUACUGCCCUUUUUGUCAGGGCAUGCCAGCGGUUAAACCGUGUAAGAACUACUGCCUGAAUGUCAUGAAGGGCUGUCUGGCUAAUCAAGCCGAUCUGGACCCAGAGUGGAACCAGUACAUUGAUGCCAUGCUGCUGGUGGCCCAGAGGCUGAAGGGACCUUUCAACAUCGAGUCUGUCAUGGAGCCCAUUGAUGUCAAGAUUUCCGAGGCCAUCAUGAAUAUGCAGGAUAACAGUGCCCAGGUUACCUACAGGGUUUUCCAAGGCUGCGGCGAACCCAAAGCCGCGGGAAUGACGAGGUCUGCCCGCGGCGUUUCGGAUGUGUUCAAUGCCCGCUUCAGGCCCUACAGCCCGGAGGAGCGGCCCACCGCUGCAGCUGGCACCAGCCUGGACAGACUGAGGAUUGUUUGGGAUGCGAUGCAACACAGUGUGGUCGACAUUAAAGAGAAGCUAAAGUCGUCCAAGAAGUUCUGGUCCAUCCUCCCCGAGUCCAUGUGUGCGGAGGACAGAGUGACGGCCGCCAACGCCAGCGAGGAGGAGUGUUGGAACGGACACGCCAGGGGCCGGUACUUCCCCGAGGUUCAGAAGGACGGCCUGACCAAUCAGAUGAACAACCCCGAGGUUGGGGUGGACAUCACUCGCCCCGACACCUUCAUCCGCCAGCAGAUCAUGGCCCUGAGGGUGAUGACCAACAAGCUGAGGAACGCCUACAACGGGAACGACAUCUACUUCCAAGACUCAAGCGACGAGGGCAGCGGCUCCGGUAGCGGCAGCGGCUGCACAGAGGCGUGUCCCACGGACGCGGACGGCGCCAUCAGCGAAGCCCCGGUGGUGAAGGCGGACCGGAGCGGGCCCGCGGAGGCCUCGGCCCCGGGCCACGCCCCCUCCGUGACCCUGCUCACCGUGCUGGCCCUGUCAGCCCUGGCACUGCACCAACAGGGGAGAUAAUGCUGGAGGAAUGGGCUGAACAUGAACACAGAGAUUCUUCUUCCCUUUUUUUUUUGCAUUCUGUUUUUUUUUUUUGUAUGGAGGCAGAUCGGAGCUACAGUCCUGCAGACGGUGCCCAGGCUGGAGCAGCUCCGUAGAAGAGGGCGGCCACGCAUUACCCCCCCCCCCCCCCCCCCCCCCCACUUUCCCAAAGAUCAUGCAGUGCCAUCUAACACUUGAUAUUCGGUGGCAUCACUUCACCAUCGGACGCUGAAGUCGGUCCAACCCAACAAACUCUGCCUCAGAGACUGAAAAAAGUAUUUCCUGCACAUAUGGCAGGUGUUAAUGUAGGUCCUCAUGUGGUCAAAUCUAACACGCACUUUGUUUUGGGGUUAUUUUAUGCGUUUUUUGUGAAAAUGUGGUUAUUAGAUGCACCUAAAAGAGGCACAUUACAAGAAAUAUAUGAUUAAUAUUAUAUUUUACAACGAAGGAUAAUUUAAAAAAAAAUCUAAAUUUCAUAAAAUUGGUGUGUUCACUAAGUUACGUGCCAUUUAUUGAUUUUUGAUGAAAACUGUCAUGUUUUCAUCGAUAUCUUCACGUCAUGGAUUAUAAUAACAGCCGUGACAUUGAGAAGCUGGAUUGUGGAUCCGCUCGGCUCGUGCGUAUCCACUAAAACUGUCCAGCGGCCUCCCUGUGCUCACAGUUUGAUUGACAUAUCCGCAUUUUUUUUUUCUAAUAUUAUUUGCAAACGCGUUUAUUAUCUGCACUAUAUCCUCAUAUCAUGCCGGUUUCUCAGGCUCGGAUGCAGGCGUGAACAGCACGUGUUGUGGUGAAGUCACAUGGAGGCGAUAACCGCGGUGUUGAGGCGGUGGUGGCUUCGUAUCGUCGCCGUGGGCUUCAUGUCGUCAAGCGAUGGGCUACAAACGCAUUCUCUGCUUUCUGCCUCUAGGUGCUUAUUUCUCCAUUCAGCGAGGGGUCAUAUACAACUUGUUAAUCGUUGACCUGCAUACAAAGCUGCUCACUAACACGAUCCAGUGACAAAGAUGUUAAACACACUCUGGUGACAAUAUGAAGCCUUAUCCAGGAAUCACACCCCGGACCUCUGCUUUGUGUACAACCCCAUUCAUUAAAUACAGAACCACCAUCAAUGGAGAACGUCCUGUGCUGCUGAAAACCUUAUACUAAAUCAGAAUUGUUUUUUUUAGUAUUUUAUUUUGGGAAAAACAUAAGAUACUGGAAUUCCAUUUACAGGAGUAUAUUGUACAUGUGACUUAUUAGUCGAGGCUUAUUCUGCUCUCAGUGUUUGGAAUAAGUAGUCAUCGCGCUGAGCAUCGCAGCAAUUGGGCUAAAACACAGUCGCAAAAACAAAUUAUAGCCGCACUUAUGUGGAAUGUUUGGGAAUUAUAAAGAGAAAACAGCACAGCGGGAAGAGGAAAUGCAAAGAAAGGCUUCCUAAAUUUAUCUUCAAAGCUCGAACGGUCAUGUCUGCGGCGGCGACAGGCUUGAAGCCGACCACAGUCACCUGUGAAAUGAGAAUCUGUGGAGACCGGACAGGGCUGAACGCUCCGCUGGCGCUCCUCAGUAGAGCGUACUUACAGAGAAUGUGAGAGGCCUGGCACCGCUGAGGGGGGCGGACAAAACCAGCCUGUGUGCACGUCCACUGUUCUGAGAGCCCGUCGGCUCCAUAACCAUCAGGCCAGCUCAGCUUACGGCGCCGCAGAAUUAGCCUGUGUCAGACACUCAUCACGCAGCACAUCAUGAAUGUUUGCUGGGCUUUUCUAUAUUAUACUCCAAGUCCGCGUCUGCGUUCCCGUCGCAAGAAACCAACCCUGUCGUGUGUGUCGCUGAAGGAGGAUUCUUUAUUAGGACUAAUGAUCUUACAGGAUGCCCUUUUUAUGUUUUGUAUCAUUGAACCUUUAAUGGUAAUAUUUUUGCAAUAAAACUUUGAAAAAUACAUCUGGUCAGACAAAUGAUCUGAAAAACAGAGCGAGCAGAAAUUACUAGAAGUCAGCCUUUUUUUACGAUCGGUGCAUUGAUGAGGUGACGCUUGUCGGGAGUUUGAAUGCGACUUCACACGAAGCGGGAGACGCUGAGUUGGACGAGCAAACUUGCCUUACUGACUUUUCAGUGCAAUUCAGACGAUUGCAUUUGUGUUUUCUUACUGUUCUUGAGAAUAAAUAUUUAUUAAAAACAUUCCAAUUAA